UUUACCAAUGCCGAGACGUCCUAAUGCUGGUUAGGGAUGGUGGAAAUCAUAGUGUGUUGCAGAUUGAGUCCCAGGUUGAUGGGUCAGACAGAACAGCCAAAGAAAGGAGGAAGAUAGCUACUUUUUAAAAAAAGAUUUAUUCUGGAACCUGAGAGGAAACGGCUCCUUCAAGACUUUGAAUAGACACCAUGAGCAACCUUGGAAAGCCAAUGGCUCCAGCUUCCACCAUCCUGACCGAGCAGCCCAAAAGAAAAAGGGGGCGGCCAAGGAAGCAGCCACAGGAUCCAACUGGACCUCUGCCCCCAAAGAAACCACGUGGGCGACCAAAGGGAAGCAAGAAGAGGAGUGCUGGUUGUGGACAGAUGGGGCACAUCUCUACUGCAAAAAAGCCCAGAGGAAGGCCACGAAAGUGGCUUUUUGUCCCUGAGGAAGAAUAUCACAAAACUGAAGUCCAAGGGGAAAGCAAUCCAGGUUUUAACACAUGCCCUUCCACAGAAGGGACGUCUACAAAAAACUGUCACAUGAAGAAGGGAACCACAGAAUUCAGGAGAACAUUGAGUGAACAACAGUCUCCUUGUUGAUGUGUCACUAGAGCAAAAUGAAUUAAACUCCUGUUCUGCCAUGUGCAAAGGAAAGCCAAGGAAAGCCCCCUCCACAUUUUUCUUUUGUACCGUUACCAAUAACUGCCUCUUGCAAAGCUCAGUCAUUCAAAUUUGUAACAGCGGUCUUAACCCAAAAAAGAGGGCUUCAACCUAAUUAGCAUUCACGGGAAAAUCGACCGAUGUUAUGGGUUUUGAAAAUCUUCAUCAAUUUGAAUCUUGUAUCAUUGGGGACAUUAAUUAUACUAGGAUGCCAAGAUCCUGAUUUUAAGAAAUAGGAAACAUCUCAUUCCUAACUAAACAUGCUUACUCAAAAAAUCCCACUUAGGGCAAUACUUUUUUUAAAAUAAGAGUUUUGCAGCCUUGAAUUACAUUUAUACCAAGUUCAGUUGACAAACAGGACAGAUGCAGCACAACACACUCAAUUUGGUUACUAGAUUAAUGUAUGUGUUCAGUAUAUUUAAUUUAUGUCGUAUAGACAUAUAUGUCAUAUAGAAAUACUGGAUUUGAACAAUAUGCCAAAUAUAUUCGAUUAAUAAAUAAAUAUAUCAACUAUUCCUACUCAAUCUCCUCACUAAGGUUAAUAUUAGAUAACCAUAGCGUGUUUUAUGCACAUAAUAACUAGGUCUCUAACUGCCCUAAUGAAGCAUGCUAUGUUACAACCAGAGUAUCAUAAACUAAGUUCUUAUUUUGACCUAGGAUGCUGUACAUACCCAUUGUGUAUACUUAGU